AUGGAGGGCGAGAACGAAUACGAUCUGACGAAGUUUGUUAACAUUCGGAGCUUUUCCUGGACCGGACCUCAAUCCAAGGAAGAUUUUGAUGCAAUCAAAGACUGCCUUGCUGCAAACGCGGGACACUUGGAAGUUCUUAACCUUGAUCUCAUGGACUGGUCAAAAGCCGACGACUUUUGGUAUAUAGAUCAUACACGAUGGUUAGACGAGCCCACUCGACGCAAGAACUUCUUCGCCGAUGACAUUCUGGGCCUGCCUUUAGAUGCCGACAGGCGAAGUAGCGGUGUCUGUUUUCCUGUGUUACGGCAUCUGCUCCUCGGGCAGGUGUCCUUUGACUCCGCCAUCACUCGGCUGGUCAAUGCGUUUUCGAUCUUCCAAUUGAAGCAACUCAAGCUCUGGAAUUGCCCACAGACGGUUAAAUUGCUGGAGCAUCUGACUGAGGCCCGACAAGAUUUGGAACUAGAAUCUCUCGAGGUAACAUGCGGAGACUUGUACCUCUGCUUGCCUAUUGUGCAGUGGGAUGAGGUCGUGGACUCCGUUUGCAGUCACUUAGAGACUUUGGAGCGUGUCACCAUACAUGCGCGAACUGUCGACAUUGACGACGAAAGCCCGUAUUUUGAGGAAGAAGCGGACGGUGACCCAACCUUUUGUGGGGGUUUCUUUGAGCUUUUCACGAAAGGAGAUUGUGAUGUCGUCGGGAUCCAAUAUCCUCCUACCUUUGCGCGAAAAUGUCUCCAGCCACACGCAAAGGACGUUUCUUGCAGACUUCUGCAUCUGAGAGCCGCAGGGGACUCUUUAACUAGGCGCGACCACGAAUUUUAUGUUAAUCGCGAGGAAAUAGACAGCUUUGCUGACUGGGUUUUCGGACCUAAUGGCUUCUCUGAGCUUCUUGUUCUCGCAUAUGGCGACUUUGCAUUCCCCGACAUACAUGAAGACAAAAACGUGCUCUACUGCAGGAACAAUGUAGCCCAAGGGGAGGAAGGUGUUCAACCCACUCACUUCAAGAUCCUUGAGCCCGCAGAUGAGCCUCUUUGGGAUUGGGUUCAGGGCAAUAUGGAUGCAUUGUCAGCUUGUGCUUACACAGCGUUACUUCGGGUCUAG